AUGACCGCAUCAGGAGACUCGCCGGGACGUACGGCAACGCGUGCCUCACAACGGAGAGCACGGACUGGUACUGUGGCACAAGCUAUUGCGAGGUGGAUCACGCAUGAUACCGCCCAAUUGGUAGCGAUGUGCUCCCUUCGUCCGCUUAGCGGUAGGCGAGAAGUUGGUGCGGAAGCGGAUAUGAGCCAGCUGUGCUGCACGGGUUUGUCAGGUCACACAUAUGUCUGGGUCGCUCGGGCACACGUACGUCACGCAGAUUCGAUCUCUACCGGCAGAGUACUAAUUGAGAGGCAGAACAGGCAGCUUGAAUCCACCUCGCGCGCUUGGGCCGCAUGCCAGAUAAAGCGGGCACCCAGAGCGCCCGCGAAGCUUACUAUUCGUACAGCUCGAUUGGGGUUUCGACCCCGUUCUGCGCAAGCGCCAACUCGAACGUCCCUGUGCAUAUGCCUCAAUGCGCCACACACGCGCGACACCGAGUCCAGUCCUCACCACAGUCCAAGCAUACGACAGCUGUGUCGGACAGAGUCGUUCCGCUCCACCCAUUGCACAGCCACUCCGGCGGCCGCGGAUGACCUGCCGAGGUGUGCUUCGAGUGCUGCCGAUGCGCCUGAUCUAGGGUCCACAAUAGCUUCCACUAUAUCUGCCAAUAUAUAG